CCGUCUUCUCCGUAUCUCUACCAAUCUCCUGCACUACCAACAAAAGCAACAACUACAACAACAGCUCCAGUAACUAGAACCAGAAACGACGUCGGUGCUUUCUGCCCAGGCCAACACACCCCUUUUGGCGAACAUCGGAGGCAGCCGCCCACGAGCGGCAGCGGCGGCGACGCCGCAUGGACCAUGCCGUGAAAGCGACCCGCGGCCGCCCGCUGAACACGCUGCGGUUCGAGAACGACGAGCUGGAAUGUCUCUACCAGCGGUACACCCUCAAGCUGCAGCGCUUCUCGGUGCUGGGCGUGGUGGCCCUCGUCGUCGUUCUUUGCGGCGUCAUGGCGGCCUUGUCGCUGUCCUUCAAUAAUGCGCCCACCUUCCAGAACAUUUUCAACGCCAUCGUGUGCGUGCUGUUCGCAGUGAUCCUGGUCCUGCUGCAGUGCUCCGUGAUCAAGGACCACCACCUGCCGACCCUCUGCUACGGCAUCCUGCUCUUCACCGCCAGCAUCUGCGUGGUGUCGAUGCCCACCCUGGGCAGUGUCUUCCCGGUGGACACUAAGGAGGUGAUGGCCGAGGGUGUCUGGCAGAUCGUGUUCGUGGUCUUCCUGGCCUACGCGAUGAUGCCGCUGCAGAUCUGGGAGGCGGUGGCCUUCGGAAUAGCCCUGCCCUCGGUUCACAUCAGCCUGACGGUAUACAAGAUCUUCACGGACACCCUCCGGUACCUGGAGUAUAACCAGCUGAUUGCCAACAUCGUCAUCUUCAUCGGCGUGAACGUGGCCGGGCUGGUGGUCAACAUCAUGAUGGAGCGGGCCCAGCGACGCACCUUCCUCGACACCCGUAACUGCAUUGCCGCCCGGCUAGAGAUCCAGGACGAGAACGAGAAGCUGGAGCGCCUGCUCCUCUCCGUCCUGCCCCAGCACGUGGCCAUGCAGAUGAAGAACGACAUCCUCUCGCCGGUGGCCGGCCAGUUCCAUCGCAUCUAUAUCCAGAAGCACGAGAACGUGAGCAUCCUCUUUGCGGACAUCGUCGGUUUCACGGUCCUCUCCUCCCAGUGCAGCGCCCAGGAGCUGGUCCGGCUGCUCAACGAGCUCUUUGGCCGCUUCGACCAACUGGCCCAUGACAACCAUUGCUUGCGAAUUAAAAUCCUUGGUGACUGCUACUACUGCGUUUCCGGCCUGCCAGAACCUCGAAAGGAUCAUGCCAAGUGCGCCGUGGAAAUGGGACUCGAUAUGAUCGAUGCCAUUGCCACUGUGGUGGAGGCCACUGACGUCAUCCUGAACAUGCGCGUUGGCAUCCACACGGGCCGAGUGCUCUGCGGUGUUCUGGGCCUCCGGAAGUGGCAGUUCGACGUUUGGUCCAACGACGUCACCCUGGCCAACCACAUGGAGUCGGGCGGGGAGCCCGGCCGGGUGCAUGUUACGCGGGCCACCCUGGAUUCGCUCUCUGGGGAGUACGAGGUGGAGGCCGGCCACGGAGACGAGCGAUCCUCGUACCUCCGUGACCAUGGAGUGGACACUUUCUUCAUCGUGCCACCGCCACAUCGCCGCAAGCCUCUCAUGCUGAACACCUUGGGCGUCCGAUCCGCGAUUGGCAGUCGGCGGAAGCUGUCGUUUCGAAACGUGUCCAACGUGGUCAUGCAACUGCUGCACACCAUCAAGUUCUCGGAGCCAGUGCCGUUCUCGAACAUCGCCACCGGGUCCUUCCCCUCGGCGGCUGGUGCCCUGGGGGGCGGGGUCGGAGCGGUGGGCGUGGCACGCGGCAGCACCUGCGAGGCGAACGCCGGCAGUGUCCAGGUGUCGGAAAAGGGAUCCCGCAAGGAUGCGGUGAUUCGGCUGCAAAAGAUUUUGCAUGCAGCACCGCCAUCGCAUUCCAUGGCCUACGGCAGUGUCGCCGUUGGCGGUGUAGUUGGUGGUGCUGGUGGUGCAAGUGCAAAUGGAAGUGGAAGUGGAAGUGGAUGUGGUGGGGGCAGUGGUGUACAAGUGACCGUAGGCAUAAAUCCCAACUCAACAGCGAGUACGAUUAGUCGCAUACGUAGGCACGAUCACAAGACCAAUAAAUCACAGUCAAAGGUGGCGGACAAGUUCAAGAGGCCCUUCCGGAAGCGACACUCUGUGGCCGCCCAUCACCAGCCCACCAACCGGGUCAACCGCUUCCUCUCCCAGGCGAUCAAUGCCCGCUCGGUGGACUGCGACAAGUCGGAGCACGUAGACAGGGUGACGCUGCGGUUCCGGCAAAGCGACAUGGAGCGAGAGUACCACAAGGACUUCGACCUGGGCUUCACCACCGCCAUGGGCUGCUCCCUGCUGUUGCUUAUUCUGGGGGCUGCGCUCCAGGUGACUGCCCUGCCGCGGACUCUCAUCUUGUUGCUCCUGUUCCUCACCGCCUUCAUCUGGGUGAGCGCCAUCCUGAUGCUCCUCCUGGCCGUGCGGCUCAAGUGGAUCAUCUGGGACAUCUCGGAGUGCUUCACUCUGCGCAUGGCCAUCACUAUCUUCACCAUCAUUCUGAUCUACUCCGUGGGCCAGGUGAACGUGUUCACUUGCGUUUCCGACCACCCCUGUUCCGAGAACGGCACUAUUCCGGCUUGGACCAGUCGACAGGUGCCGCAGGAGCCCCCAUUCUUCUCGUACUCGAAUGACUCGCACCGGAAGUGCUCCCUGCCCCAAUACGUGUCCUUGUCGGCGGCAUUCGCCUUCCUAUCCGUGUCCGUGUUUCUGAGGCUACCAAUCAUAUUCAAGUCGCUGCUGGUGCUGGGAAUGGGCACCAUCUACGGACUGUUCAUCGAGAUGUCGCACCAGAAUAUCUUCGAGUGCUACGACAACAGGGUCAACGCUUCGAUUCCGCUUCACUUGAUCUCACUGGCCCGCAUCGCCAUCUUCAUGAUUGCCAUACUGGUGCAUGGCCGCCUGGUGGAGGGCACCGCCCGGCUGGACUUCCUCUGGCAGCUGCAGGCCUCCCAGGAGAAGAAGGAGAUGGACGUGCUGCAGGAGUCGAACAAACGGAUACUGCAUAAUUUGCUGCCCGCUCAUGUGGCUGCACAUUUCCUUGAUGCGCAAUUCCGCAACAACAUGGAACUCUACCAUCAAAGUUACGCCAAAGUGGGCGUCAUAUUCGCCAGCGUGCCCAACUUCAACGAGUUCUACACGGAGAUGGAUGGCUCGGACCAGGGCCUCGAGUGCCUCCGACUGCUCAACGAGAUCAUUGCCGACUUUGACGAGCUGCUCAAGGAGGACCGCUUCCGGGGAAUCGACAAAAUCAAGACCGUGGGCAGCACCUACAUGGCCGUCGUUGGCCUCAUUCCGGAGUACAAGAUCCAGCCCAACGAUCCCAACUCGGUGCGUCGACACAUGACUGCCUUGAUCGAAUAUGUGAAGGCGAUGCGACUCUCCCUUCAGGAAAUAAACAGUCAUUCCUACAACAACUUUAUGCUUCGUGUUGGAAUCAACAUUGGACCAGUGGUGGCCGGAGUGAUCGGAGCCCGUAAGCCGCAGUACGACAUCUGGGGUAACACGGUGAACGUGGCUAGCCGAAUGGAUUCCACCGGAGUGCCGGGGUACUCCCAAGUCACACAGGAGGUGGUAGACAGCCUGGUGGGCUCCCACUUUGAGUUUCGAUGUCGAGGGACAAUCAAGGUGAAGGGCAAAGGCGACAUGGUCACAUACUUCCUGUGCGACAGCGGCAACAAGUCGCUGAACGGGGAGGUGCGGAACGCCAUGUCCCUGCCACAGGGUCUCCAUGGACCAGACUACUACAUGAAGGCUUCGCAGUUCCCGGAGAACCGCGUCAAUACGGAGACCUACAGCAAGAAGGAGAAUGGCCACCUAUACGGAGUCCGCGGUGGUGGCGGGAGCGCUGGAGCCAUUGGAGGCGGCGAGGAGCAGCAGCUCCUGCUGCAGCACCACCAGAAGCAGUCCGAAGCCCUGCCGCUUCCUGCCUCCACACCGCCUCCGCCAGUGCAUCACCACUUGCACCAGCAGCAGCAACAGCGCCUCAACAGCAAACUGCAGAAGAACCCGAUCUUCAUUGGCAACGGCGGACUGCCCAACAUCCGGGAGAAUGGACACAAUGGCGAACAGCAACAUAUGGGAAAUGGCAACGGAAACGGAGGCGGCUUUAUGGCGACCACGAUGAACCCAACGGCUGCGGUGGCCGUUCCUCUCCAGCAACCGUGCCCCCCUCAUCCACCCCCAGUUCAGCACCAGAUCCUCCUCCAGCACCAGCACCAGCUCCAGCUCCAACUCCAGAAUCAGCACGUUCCUUCGGUAAUGUUGCGCGAGUUUAAUAUCACUGAGAACCCAACUCAAGGCGGCCGGCAUCCCCAAAUGGAGCAGCUGCCGCUGCACCACGGCAGUCUCAAUGUGGGAAUGGGCAUGGGUAUGGGAAUGGGCAUGAACACGGGUAUGAAUAUGGCAUUGGGAAUGGGAAUGGGCAUGGGUGUCGGCAGUGCCGGGGUGCAAGGCGGCGACUGCUUCAUCAUGCCGCGACGCGAUCGAGAACGUACCUAUGUGUCGCCUUAUAACCAGCAUGGUCAUCAUCCACUGCAUCACCUCCAUUUGAAUCCGACUCUGAACCCACAUCAGAACCAGAUCCAGAUCCAGAACCAGAAUCAGCACCCGGCAUCGUCUACCAACCCGGGCUAUGGCCAUUGCCGGGAGAGCGAACCGCUUUUGCAUGCCAGUAGCGUCGCGCCGGUAGCCAAGAUCAUGCCCAUGCAGCAUGCGCCAAAGUAUGAGCCACCACGUUACACUUCUCCCAACACCAUGUUGUCGCACCAGCAGCAGCUGAAUCCCGGGCAGGACCAGUUUGUGGCACAUCCGUCGCAGCGCCAGUACGCACUGUAUUCGCAGCAGCCGCCGUUGCCGCAGCUGCCGCCGAAGCCCGUUCCGAAUCCGGCGCCGGGCAUCCGGACGUACAUGAAGCCGCUGCCGAAACUGCCGCCGGAGCUGGAGGAGAACCGCGAGAUGUCCUCCACGGAUGAUCUCAGCUCUCGCCCGCAUUCCCCGUCGAUGAGCAGUUCGGACGAGAGCUACUCCAAGACCACCGAGGGUGAGGGCGAAUGCGAGGAGGACUCGCCGCGCCACCACCUGCCCCACUUGCCAGCACAUCACCGGAACGGAGGCGCCGCCGGGGGGCUGGUUAACCCGCUACAGUGGCUGUACCCCUGUGACAUUCAGGUGGACCCCACCUCCCCGGUGGUAGACAUGACUCAGCUGCACGACUUUGACCAGAGCUCCACCACCGAGAGCCAGGGCCAGCACACCACCAGCCACACAAACAGCAACACCCAGGCCAAGGGCGACAGCUGCAGCAGCUUCGACUACCAGAAAGCGCUGUCAGGAGGCGGUGGUGGUGCCGGCGGAGUGGCUUCUAACGGGCUGCCGACAGCCACCAAGUCGCCCUUUGAAAGGGAGCUCCAGCGUCUACUCAACGAAUCCUCGCGAGCCCGUUGCCUGGCGGCCACAACCACCACCACGGCCACUGGAACCACUGGCACCACUGACCACACAACAAGCAACGGCAGUCGGGAGUUGAGCUACUCGCUGAGCAACUCCAAGCUGAGCUCCACUAAUGGCCAUGUGGCCGCAGGAACCGCAGGAUCCGGGUCGGUGGUCGGAAACGGCAGCGGCGGCAGCGGCAGCAGCAACGGCAACUUGAGCGGCGGCAGUGGCACCAACUCCAACAGCGGCAACAACAACCAGAGCAGCAACCGAGACCUCCGGUCGGAACAACUGAGUCAGCAGCAUCCCACGGCGGAGCUGCCCGCAAGCAACAGCUUCGUCAUUUCCAAGCACCCGGUGGGCCUGGAGGCCAUCAAGGAGAUAACGCGCAACAAGAACCCCUCGGAGUCGAGCCAAAUGCAAACCUCGGAUACGGAAUCGUGCGAGAUCCUGCACGAGAAUCGCAAUCACUUCCAAGUGCUGACCCUGCUGGAAAUGCAAGCUGCCAAGGAGCUGCACGGAGGAACUCAUCCCCAUCCGUAUCCUCAUCCUCAUCCACAGCAACAGCAGCAGCAGAGGACACACCGCCAGAGGCCGCGAUCCAAGGAGCUCCAGUACAGCCACGACAGCCUGGACGGAGCGGGCCAUACACCGCCGCCGCAGCAGCAGCGACGCUACCACCACCACCACCACCAUCACCACCAGACGAGGCAGCAGCAACAGCGCUACAACCACAUGCAGGAGCAGGAGGAUCGUGACGACACGGAGGACAACCUGGCCGACGAGGAGUUCGAGGACGACGAGGUGGGUCGCGAUGUGCGCCAAAAGCGUGUCCAGAAGCUGGACCUCAGCCAUAAGCGGCCGGAGGCGGGUGUUGGGGCGCACCUGAAGGACGACGAGGAGGAGGACGAGGAAGAGGAGCGAGACGAGGGACACCACAAGGCGGCACCGCUAACCAACGGCAGCCAUCGCGGCCUCGAGGCGAAUGUGAUAAACGACGAGCUGAAGUAUGGGGCGACGCACAUGAACCACCAGUCCAUAGACUCCAAUCCCUUGGAGAGCCAGUCGGAGUGGUCGGACGACGAUUGCCGCGAGGAGGCCACAGGUGGCGCCGAGUCCACAGGCUACAUUACGGAUGAGCCCGGCCUGGAGAACAUAUCGCUACUGAACGAGGCUGGCCUCACCGACGCGGAGGGCGCCCUGUCAGACGUCAAUUCACUGUACAACGCUCCGGACGUGGACGACACAUCGGUGUCCAGCCGGGCCAGCUCUCGCCUGCUCAGCCUGGACUCGCUGAGCGGCCUCUACGAUUGCGACAUGGACUCCAAGCACGAGCUGGCCAUUGUCAGUGUCUCGCACAAGAUCACUAGCAAGUUUGGGCCUCCUUCCUCGCCGGCCCAGCAGUUGUCAUCGUCCUCGCAAAUGCAGCAGCAGACCCAGGCACCAUCCCAGGCACAAGGUGCAACCCAAGCCCCCAACCAAGCCCAAAACCAGACUGCGGCAAGAGUGCAGUCCGUGGAGGAGCUGGGAGAGUGAGGGGGACAAGUACUUAUGGAUAAGGAGGCGGUAAAAACUCAAACGUUGUUAUUGCCACGUGCAAAUGGUAUCUAUUAAUUAGGAAUAGAGCUACCUAGUGUAAACCUAAGCUAGACUAGGAGACAGAUAUAUAUAUAUAUUUAUGUACGAGAGAUAGAGAAGCAGCUGCUUAAAGACCUAUUCGGUAUUUGGAAUGCGGACUAGACGGAACAUGGUUUUACUGUGGCAGUAGUGAAUAUAUUCAUAUACCUAGUAUAUGCAUAACUAUCUAUAAUCUCUAAUGCAUAUGUGUAUUGUAUCUAAACACCUGUGUAAUCAUUGCUUAUAAGAGUUCCAGUAUCCCUGCGAAAUUCGAUUGAUAUUUAGCCGCAUCUCGAGACAUCCACGGCGCUUGGACCCACGACCUCCCAUGGACUUAGUUAUUUGUUAUUUAAGUACGAGUCUUUAUUUAAGUAAUCGAAUAAGAUGUGGUAGUCAGUUACCAAUGCAUGACAUGAUGUAAAUAAAGCUAAGUGUUACAAUUAUUAUUUACCCAUCUAGA